AUGUCCGAGAACCAGCCCAACGCCAACAACCACCACCCGGCCAACAACAACGGGGGCGGUGGGGCUGCCGGGGGGAACAACCGGGGCGUCCGGAACCCUAACCUCAACCAGAACCCCCUGAUCAACGUGCGCGACCGCCUGUUCCAUGCGCUCUUCUUCAAGAUGGCAGUGACCUACGCUCGCCUCUUCCCACCCUCCUUCCGCCGUGUCUUUGAGUUCUUCGUCCUCCUUAAGGCUCUCUUGGUGCUCUUCAUCCUGGCUUACAUUCACAUCGCCUUCUCCCGCUCGCCCAUUAACUGCUUGGAGCAUGUGCGAGACAAGUGGCCACGCGAUGGCAUCUUGCGGGUGGAAAUCCAGCGCAACUCGAGCCGAGCCCCCAUCUUCCUGCAAUUCUGUGGCGUUGAGAAGUUCCCAGGAAUGGUAGUGGAGUCUGCAGCUGAGGAAGAGGAGGAGGAAGAGGAGGAGAUGACUGUGGAUAUGUUUGAAAACAGCUCUAUCAAGUUUGAGCUGGAUAUCGAGCCCAAAGUGUUCCUCAAGCCAUCCCGGGUGAGCAGCACCGAGGCACUGACCCACAACGAAACCCAGGAGUUCUCGUUUAGUGAAGCAGCCACUAAAGUGUGGCCUCAGGAGGAGUACAUCGUGGAGUACUCGCUGGAGUACGGGUUUCUGCGCCUGUCCCAGAGCACUCGGCAGCGCCUCAGCAUCCCGGUCAUGGUGGUGACAUUGGAUCCUACCAGAGAUCAGUGCUUUGGGGACAGGUUCAGUCGCCUGUUGCUGGACGAGUUCCUGGGUUACGAUGACAUCCUGAUGUCAAGUGUCAAAGCUUUAGCUGAAAAUGAGGAAAACAAAGGUUUCCUUCGCAACGUGGUGUCUGGGGAACACUAUCGCUUUGUCAGCAUGUGGAUGGCCAGGACCUCGUAUCUUGCGGCCUUUGUCAUCAUGGUCAUAUUCACGCUGUCCGUUUCGAUGCUGUUGCGAUACUCACACCAUCAGAUCUUUGUCUUCAUUGUUGACCUGUUACAGAUGCUGGAAAUGAACAUGACGAUUGCGUUCCCUGCAGCUCCUCUCCUCACUGUCAUUCUGGCUCUCGUAGGCAUGGAGGCCAUAAUGUCAGAGUUCUUCAAUGACACCACGACCGCGUUUUACAUCAUCCUCAUCGUGUGGCUGGCCGACCAGUACGAUGCUAUCUGCUGCCACACCAACACGAGCAAGAGGCACUGGCUCAGGUUCUUCUAUCUGUACCACUUUGCUUUCUAUGCGUACCACUACCGGUUCAAUGGGCAGUACAGCAGCCUGGCGCUUGUCACCUCCUGGCUCUUCAUCCAGCAUUCGAUGAUUUACUUCUUCCAUCACUACGAGCUGCCAGCCAUCCUUCAGCAGAUCCGGAUCCAGGAGAUGCUGCUGCAGAACCAGCAGGUUGGCCAGGGCACUCAGACCACACUGCAGGACAACCUCAACAACAACACCACAGCUGCGCCUCUCGAGGCGGCCGCCCUCGCUCCCAGCGAGGCCACCAGCGUCAUCGCCGCCGCCACGGCUGCUUCCAUGGGCCCCGACCUGAACUGGGUGGCUGAGACAGCCGCCAUCGUCACAGAGGCCUCGUUCCUCUCUGACCUGAGCACCACCCUCCUGGAGCCAAACGUGGUGCACGAAGCUGUGGCCAGUGGGAACCCGCAGGACGCUGCCUCCAGUUUGGUUGCCCGCAUCAGGGUCAGCAGUGACCACCCGGAGACGGCCAUGGGCUCCAUCACCAUUGAAGUCACUUCCACGUCUAUGGUGGCUGCAGCAGAUGCUCCCCCCGCCGCAGCUGCAUCCCUCCCCCCACCAUGGGAGGAGGGAGCCGCUGUUCCCUGCCCAUCCCUCCCUGAGCAGACUGAGGCUGUGGAGGGCUCGGACAGGCGAGCAAAGCCCUCUGGCAAGGACUGCCUUGCAGACAGCAGCGUGGCAGAGCUCCCUCCAGCCGCUGUAGGGGACCCUGACCAGGACAGGCGCUCGGGUCGUGCUCCUGGGGACUGGGGGGAGAGCAGCCCUUGCCCAGCACCAGUGGAUUGUGCCCCCAGCUCCAGACCUUGCUCGGAGCCGGACUCGAGGAGCCUCUCUUGA